CCCCCCCGGGCGCCCGAUGGACGACAUCUUCACCCAGUGCCGGGAGGGCAACGCCGUGGCCGUGCGCCUCUGGCUGGACAACACCGAGAAUGACCUCAACCAGGGAGACGACCACGGCUUCAGCCCGUUGCACUGGGCCUGCCGGGAGGGCCGCUCCAGUGUGGUGGACAUGCUAGUCAUGCGCGGGGCGCGCAUCAACGUCAUGAACCGCGGCGAUGACACCCCCUUGCACUUGGCUGCCAGCCACGGCCACCGCGACAUCGUCCAGAAGCUGAUCCAGUUCAAAGCCGACAUCAAUGCCGUGAACGAACACGGAAACACCCCGCUUCACUACGCCUGCUUUUGGGGCCAGGAGCAGGUGGCCGAGGACUUGGUGAACAGCGGGGCUCUCGUCAGCAUCUGCAACAAAUAUGGGGAGACACCCCUGGACAAAGCCAAGGCACCCCUGCGGGACUCGCUGAAAGAACGUGCAGAGAAGUUGGGCCAAAGUCUGACCCGCAUUCCAUACAAAGACACCUUCUGGAAGGGCACAACGCGAACACGACCCCGCAACGGGACAUUGAACAAACUGGCAGGGAUCGACUUCCGGCAGCUGAGUCUCGGCCACAAACUCAACGAGAACCAAUCAGGAGAGCUGUGGAAGGGGCGCUGGCAAGGCAACGACAUCGUCAUCAAGGUGCUGAAGAUACGGGACUGGACAACGCGGAAGAGCCGCGACUUCAACGAAGAGUACCCCAAGCUCAGGAUCUUCUCGCACCCCAACGUGCUGCCGGUGCUGGGGGCCUGCCAGGCUCCUCCUGCCCCCCACCCCAUCAUCCUCACCCACUGGAUGCCCUACGGCUCCCUCUACAAUGUGCUGCACGAAGGCACAAAUUUUGUGGUGGACCAGAGCCAGGCAGUGAAGUUCGCGCUGGACCUCGCGCGCGGAAUGGCCUUCCUGCACACGCUGGAGCCGCUCAUCCCCCGGCACUACCUGAACAGCCGCAGCAUCAUGAUUGAUGAGGAUAUGACUGCGCGAAUCAGCAUGGCGGACGUCAAGUUCUCCUUCCAGUGCCCGGGCAGGAUGUAUGCCCCUGCGUGGGUAGCGCCAGAGGCUCUGCAGAGGAAGGCGGAGGAGAUCAACCGCCGCUCAGCAGACAUGUGGAGCUUUGCGGUGCUGCUCUGGGAACUGGUGACGCGGGAGGUGCCGUUUGCCGAUCUCUCCAACAUGGAGAUUGGCAUGAAGGUGGCCCUGGAGGGGCUGCGGCCCACCAUCCCUCCGGGGAUCUCCCCCCACAUUUGCAAGCUGAUGAAGAUCUGCAUGAACGAGGACCCAGCGAAGCGCCCCAAAUUCGACAUGAUUGUCCCUAUCCUUGAGAAGAUGCAGGAGAAGUAAGGG